AAGAGUCUACGGCUGUGGGACGAGGCUUACAAAUACGAGCAAAAAAAAAAAGUUGUUCAGGAAAAAAAAACUAAACGACAACAAAAGAAGAAGAAGAAGAAGAAGAAGUAAAAAAAAAAAAAACGUGCUGUUGGUUGUUUUUUCAGCGGGGUACCGCUGGCUGCUCACCCCGGAGAUGCUGAGCUUGGGCACGGGGAACUGGACCGCCCAGCUCUUCCUCGUCAACUACACCGACGGGCGCAGGAGCAUGGAGCUGAGAUUCGUGUCUUUUGUCACCAAGUGCAUGUUCUGGAACCAGGACAAUCAAACAUGGAGCACCAAUGGCUGUGUGGUGGGCGUGGACUCAGAACCUCACAUGACACAGUGCCUGUGUAAUCACAUGACCUUCUACGGGAGCUCCUUCUUCGUGAUGCCCAACCAGGUGGACCUGUCCCAGACGGCCGCGCUCUUCGCCAAGGUGUCGGAGAAUUACGUGGUGGUCGUCAUGCUGUCGGCCUUCUUCGGCCUGUACCUGAUCCUGCUCGCCUGGGCCAUCUACGCAGACAAGCAGGCCUUCAUAAAGGAACCUGUCUUGGGCUGCACGGAAAGGGCUCCAGACUAG